AGGUUACCCUUAAGUUUUGCAUAGGUUUACCAUGGAUAAGUUGCUCCCCUUGUCCUUCACCUUCCUUGUGUUCAUUUUCAUGGUGUUGAAACUAUGGAUGAGAUCCAAAAUAAAGGAGACACCCAAAAAUCUACCUCCUGCACCAUGGAAACUACCUAUUAUAGGGCACUUGCAUCUUUUAAUAUUUGCACUUCCCCAUCAGCGCUUGGCGGAAUUAGCCAAAAGACAUGGUUCCGUAAUGCAACUACAACUUGGUGAAUUAUCACACGUUAUUGUUUCUUCUUCAGAGGCUGCUAAAGAAGUGAUGAAAACACAUGAUAUCAAUUUUGCUAACAGGCCCUUUCUCCUUGGUGCAGAAAUCGUAUUAUACAAUCUUUCAGAUAUUGCUUUUGCACCAUAUGGAAGCUGUUGGAGGCAACUUCGAAAAGUUUGCACAUUGGAGCUGCUCAGUGUGAAACGUGUACAAUCAUUCCGUUCAGUCAGAGAAGAGCAGGUGUCAAGUUUAAUUAGAUCCAUCUUUUCUAAGACAGGAAAGGAAAUCAGCCUUGGAGAAAUGUUAUGCAAUUUAUCAUAUAACAUCAUUUUAAGGACUGCUUUCGCAGGAAGGUGCAAGAAACACGAAGCAUUCAUUUCAUUUCUAAAGAAAUUCGUGGAAGCUAUGGCUGGUUUUAAUAUUGCUGAUCUGUUUCCAUCCAUCAAAUUUCUUCCGGAUCUCAGUGGGAUGAGAGCCGAACUUGAGAGGUUUCACCAUGAUAUAGACACAAUGCUUGAGAGCAUCAUUCAAGAACAUAGAGAUAGCAGUGCAAAUCCGGAGGACAGUGUUGAUGUAACAGAGGAUCUAGUUGAUGUUCUUCUGAAUCUUCAGGAUCAUGGAGGACUUGAGUUUCCCUUAACAAUUAACAACAUCAAAGCUGUUAUCCUGGAUAUUCUUUUGGGUGGAACUGAGACAUCUGCAACUCUAGCAGAAUGGGCAAUGUCGGAAAUGAUGAAAAAUCCUAGGAUCCUUGGAAAAGCACAAGCCGAGGUGAGGGAACUCUAUGACAAAACAGGGGAUGUUAACGAGUCAAACCUUCAUGAACUGAAGUACUUGAAGCUGGUUAUAAAGGAAACUCUAAGAUUACACCCUCCUCUACCUUUGCUAAUUCCAAGAGAAAAUAGUGAGAGAUGUGAGAUUAAUGGAUAUGAGAUACCAGCCAAAACCAGAGUGAUCGUUAAUGCAUGGGCAAUUGGAAGAGAUUCCAACUGCUGGAAUGAAGCCGAGAGGUUCUAUCCAGAGAGAUUCAUCGAUGGUUCAGUUGACUAUAAAGGGGCUAACUUCGAAUUUAUUCCCUUUGGUGCUGGAAGGAGGAUAUGUCCUGGCAUGUCAUAUGGCAUGGCUGUUGUCGAGCUUUCCCUUGCAAAAUUACUAUCCCAUUUUGAUUGGAAACUCCCUAAUGGAAUGAAAAAUGAGGAUCUAGACAUGACUGAGGCUUUUGGUGCUUCUGUUGGAAGAAGAAGCGAGCUCUACCUUAUUCCCACUCCGCAUCACUUAAGAAUGACAGUGGAGCGGGACGGGAGUUAAUAUUACUAAACCCAUUCACUUUUUCAAAAAUAAAUCUACGGAUCAAUAUAAAAUUUAUCGAAUGGUUCGGAUUUUGUUAUCCCUAUAAUCACCUACCACCAUGUGUUGUAAAUAAUUAGAAUGUAUGUAUUCCACAUGGCAGUGAAAAGAUUGUGAAAUCACAUUCCAAAAUGGGAGUUGUUGCUUCCUUUUUUUUAA